GUGAUCUAUACUUCACCAAUAAAAGCUUUGUCCAACCAGAAGUAUUACGAGUUUCGGCAGCGCUAUGCAGAUCACAAUAAUACCGUCGGUAUUAUCACAGGAGACGUGCAAAUUAACGAGGAUGCACAAAUAUUGAUUAUGACGACCGAAAUACUACGGAACAAGCUGUACAAGGGUGAUGUAGAAGGACUUGAGUACGUUAUAUUUGACGAGGUGCAUUACUUGAAUGAUAAAGAGAGGGGAGUUGUGUGGGAGGAGUGCAUUAUACAGCUAGAUCGCGAUGUGACGCUUUUGUUUCUGAGUGCAACUGUUAGCAAUGCGCUAGAGUUUUCGGAAUGAGUUGGCAGGAUCAAGGACAGGACGAUUUACGUGAUCAAGACGGACAAACGAGUG